UCGUUUUUGGUUCAAGCAAUCAGUGCUUGUUUGGAUUUUCACCAGGUUACACUGACACAUUCCCGCCACCAUGGUUAACAAACAGUUUGUGUUGAUCGUCACGUUAUGUCUAGUUUUCGUAUAUACAAAUGUAGUGUCCGGUGGCAAGAUUAAAUAUAUGGAUUCGAAUGAAAAUCCCCUGGUUAAUACGGACAACGAAAAUCCUACACCCAUUGUAGGCGUUCUAACACAGGAAGUGUCUCAGCUGAUUUUAAGAAAAUAUCCCAAUAACAGUUAUACCAGUUAUAUAGCUGCUUCAUAUGUGAAGUAUGUGGAAGGUGCUGGUGGUAGAGUUGUGCCGAUUUGGAUUGGCCAAAGUCGUGACUAUUACAAAGAUAUUCUAUCCAAAAUAAAUGGAGUUCUUCUGCCCGGCGGAGCUACAUAUUUCAAUCAAUCCCAUGGUUAUGCUGAUGCUGGCCAUCAUAUUUAUGAAAUUGCCCAGGAAAUAAAUGAUAAUGGCACCUAUUUCCCUGUCUGGGGUACUUGUUUAGGUUUUGAAUUAUUGGUUUAUCUAUCGGCCAAUUCCACCGAACCUCGCACCUAUUGCUCCUCAUCGGCUCAAGCUUUACCUUUAGAGUUUAAAGAAAAUUUCCAAAAAUCCCGUCUAUUUCGCAAUGCCAGCGAAAAUGUUAUUGACAUUUUGAAAAAUUAUGCAGUCACUGCUAAUUUCCAUUUGUAUUGCUUUACAGAAGAGACCUUUGCCAACAUGAAAUUGAACGAAAUGUGGGAUGUCAUGAGCUUAAAUCAUGAUUGGGAUGGCAUUGAGUUUAUAUCAACAAUUGAGCAUAAAAAAUACCCCUUUUAUGGUACACAAUUUCAUCCAGAGAAAAAUAUUUAUGAAUUUAUACCCAAUCGCAAUAUAACACAUACCUCUCGCGCCAUUAAAGCCUCCCAAUAUUUUGCCGAUUUCCUGGUAAACGAAGCCAGACGUAAUCGUCAACAGUUUAACAAUGAAAGUGAAGAAGUCCAAAACCUGAUUUAUAACUAUGCACCCGUCUAUACGGCUUUGAAGGGUUCAUCGUUUGAACAACAAUAUCUGUUCGAAUUAGAACGCAGUUCAGCCAACCAUCUUAUGAAUAUGAAUAUUUUUACUAUUUUGUUGAGCAUAUUUAGUGGUUUGGGUAUAUACAAAUUCUGGUUAUGAUUUAAGAAUUAUAAAGAUGUCUGUACACUUCCAUGAUACAAAUGAUCUAUAAAUUGCAUUUAACCUAGGUUCCUUUUUAACUAACCCCCAUAUGCAUAAACAGUUUAUAAAUUUAUCAAAGGUUUAUAAAACAAAUUUUGUAUGCAUAUGGUGGUAAGUCUAUAGUUUUUGCUUUCUGUUUCAGUUUGAGAUUAAUAGUAUAAAUCUUUGUAAAUGAUUUGUUAAAAUCAUUUAACCUAGGUUCCUUUUUAACUAAGUCUAUAGUUUUUUUCUUUAUAAUAGUAUAAAUCUUUGUAAAUUAUUUCUUAAAAGCCGUUAGAAAAAAAAAAUUACUUACUUAUCUUUGACUGCUAGUAAUAGUAUUUCUGGUAGUUUUUAUUAGAUUAUUGUUCUAUUCAUUGUGAACUACUUGUAAAAAAAAAUGUAAAUAAAUAAACAAGUUUUUCUUUUGUUAUUAGAAAA